GGCGGCUCCUUGCUCCAUCAUUGCCUGAUUUUUUUUAGUAUGUAAGCCCGCCUAAAAGUGCAUAAACAUUAGGCUUCGACGCCAUCUUUGGUGAGGAGCUAAGUGUCAUUGUUAGGCUUCAACACCAUAUCUGAAGCUGUUAACGUCGUCUGCUGGCUUGUCAGGGGAGAUGAGCUCGGUGGUUCUAGCUGAGCUCAUAGAUCGUCUCAAGCCGGGACAAGCGUUAGGUUUAAGUGGUGCGGUUGCGUAGACCUAACAAUUGUGAUCUACACCCUCUGUUCACUAAUGUAGAAAACUGCCAAAAUGUCCUACAUUUAGUGAUCAAGGUAGUAUGUUUAGCACUAUAGUAUAAGGCUGGUCAUAGUGGGAGUAACAUAGUAGUAACAUAGAUGCCACAUAAGCAAAAAUGAUGAGGUAGCAAGUAGUUAAUGAUGAGAGAGGCAAAUAGAGUAACAUAAUAUGUUACCAUCACAUAGCGCUUCCCAAUGCAAAAUGAGUCUACAAAGUAAUAAAUGAACCCAUCUAUGUUACCACGCAUAUGACACUACCCACUAUGAAGGUAUAGUAACAUAGACUAAUAACAUACUAUGCAUGUUACUAGUCUAAGUUACUUCCACUAUGACCAGCCUAACGGAUAGAUAGACCGAGAAAGAACUGUCUUUAAAUUAUGUGAGCUAUUGUCACUCACAGCUCUCGUGGACACAAAACGAACCCAACAUACCCAGGAAGAAAAAAACCCCACGCGAGUGGGAAUUCUUGUGCAAUUGCAAUAUGUAAUGACGUGUCCUCCCAACCGUCAGAUCACGCCAUGCAGGGACGACCCACUGGUAAAAUCACCUUCUCUGCAUGCGCCACGAUUUUACUUUCGUCCACACCGUGAUCCAACAAUGGAUGACGAGAAGCUCCCUUUUUCGCAAGAGUUAAUCAUGGAAAGUUGGAAACCCCCUCACCAAACUCACCUUGAGACGCCUAUAAAACCCAGGCCCCCUCCAUGGAGUUGCUGCACUUGCACCGGCCGCGCACUGCACUAACCACAGAGAUCGAUGGCCGUCCAAGUCGUGACGUCCGAGCUGGUCGCGCCGAGCGAGGCCACCCCGCGGCGCGCGCUCUGGCUGUCCAACCUCGACCUCGGCGCCAGGAACGGCUACUCCCCGACCGUCUACUUCUUCCGAGCGCCCCAUCGCGGCGACGGCAAGGCCGAGUCCUUCUUCUCGGCCGGCGUCCUCAGGGCGGCGCUGGCCAGGGCGCUGGUCCCGUUCCACCCCUUCGCCGGCCGCCUCGGCGCGGGCCGCGGCGGCCGGGCGGAGAUCAACUGCAACGACCAGGGCGCGCUCUUCGUCGUCGCGCGGUCCGAGGCCGCGCUCGACGACUUCCAGGGCUUCGCGCCGUCCAAGGAGAUGCGCGACAUGUUCGUGCCGCCGUAUGACAACGCCGGCGCCGGCGCCCCGUUGCUCAUGCUUCAGGUCACCUUCUUCCGGUGCGGCGGCGUGGCGCUCGGCACGGCGAUGCACCAUUUCGUCAUCGACGGCCGCAGCGCCUUCCACUUCAUCCAGACGUGGGCCAACAUCGCCCGCGGGGACGCCAGCGCCACCGUGCCCCCGUCCCUCGACCGCACCCCGCUGCGCGCGCGCUCCCCGCCGGCCGUCCACUUCGACCACAGCCGCGAGUACCGCCUCACCACCCCCGCAUCAACCGAUCCUCCUGCCGCUGGCGGCGUCAAGCCGUCGUCGGAGUACGCCAGCGCCAUCCUCCGCGUGACCGGCGCACAGGCCGCGGCGCUCCGGGCGCGCGCGGGCGCGCCCCGAGUGUCCACGUUCCGCGCGCUGGUGGCCCACGUCUGGCGCUGCGCGUGCGCGGCGCGCUCCCUGGCGCCCGACGCCGAGUCCCGCCUCUACACCAUGAUCGACAUGCGCGCCCGCCUCUCCCCGCCGCUCCUGGACGCCUACUUCGGCAACGCGGUGGUGCGCACGUCGGUGUCCGCGAGGGUGGGCGACCUGCUGUCCGGCCCGCUCGGGUUCGGGGCGCGGCGGCUCCGCGCUGCGACGGGGCAGGGCGACGAGUACGCGCGGUCGGUGGUGGACUACCUGGAGACGGCGGACAUGGGGGCGCUGCCGAGGAGCGGGCUGCCGGGGACGGACCUGCGGGUGAUCAGCUGGAUGGGGAUGCCGUCGCACGACGCCGACUUCGGGUGGGGCGAGCCGGCGUUCCUGGCGCCGGCGCUCAUGUUCUACCCGGGGUUCGUGUACCUGAUGAGCUGCCCGGGCAAGGGCGGCGACGUGGCGGUGGCCGUCUCGCUGGAGCCGGAUCGCAUGGCGAGGUUCAAGGAGCUCUUCUUCGAGGAGAUGGCCGCCAUGGAGUGAGACUCACCGUAGCCAUGAUCGUGCUACGUCCACGUGAUACGUGUAAUGUGGAACGUGCACGUGAGAGUAUAUAGUACUAAUAACUGGCAGAACUGGAUGGGGGGUGUAUGAGCAUGGCUACCGUUCUACGUAUACACUUCUGCUUGUACCCUUGAACUGAAGCAGAAUUAUGCCUUUUU